AUGUUCCCUGGAAGAGCUCAUAAUACGUACAAUAGCAGUGGUGGGAACAAUGGUGGGAACAAUGGUGGGAACAAUGGUGGGAACAAUGGUGGGAAUAAUGGUGGUUACUCCAGACCUGCUGCACCACCACCAGGAUUCUAUGAACAACAGGAACAGUAUUCGAGACCUGCUGCUCCUCCACCAGGAUCUUACAAUGAAUACCAACGUCCUAGUAUGCCUCCUCCACGCGGAAAUGACUCUGGGUAUGUGGAUGGGCCUCAACAGUAUUCUCAUCCUUCAGUUAAUAUGUCUCAACCACCGCAACAGAUGCAGUCGAUCCAGGGAGUUGAGAAUGCCUUCCAGUAUUCGCAGUGUACUGGUAGACGUAAGGCCUUACUCAUUGGGAUUAACUAUAUCGGGACUAAAAACCAGCUUCGUGGAUGUAUCAAUGAUGCGCACAACAUGUUUAACUUCCUGACAAGUAGGCAUGGCUACAACGCUGACGAUAUUGUAAUGCUUACUGAUGAUCAGCAGGACAUGGUACGUUUGCCAUUGAAGGCGAAUAUCAUCAGAGCUAUGCAAUGGUUGGUCCGGGAUGCAAGGCCCAAUGAUUCUCUAUUCUUUCACUACUCUGGUCAUGGUGGACAGACGAAGGACUUGGAUGGAGAUGAAGAUGAUGGCAUGGAUGAUGUUAUUUACCCAUUGGAUUUUGAGACACAGGGAGACCUUGUUGAUGAUAUUAUGCACGAUAUCAUGGUUAAAUCGCUACCACCAGGUGCAAGGUUGACCGCGUUAUUCGAUUCAUGUCACUCGGGUACUGUGCUAGACUUGCCAUACACUUAUUCGACCAAGGGUAUCAUUAAGGAGCCCAAUGUUUGGAAGGACGUUGGCCAGGAUGGUUUGCAAGCCGCUAUGGCUUAUGCGGUUGGGAAUCGUUCAAGUCUCUUGAGCUCAUUGGGAAACAUUGCCAGCUCUGUGAAGAACAAUGUGACCGGGAACGUCGAUCGGGAGCGGGUGAAGCAGAUUAAGUUCUCCCCAGCAGAUGUCAUUAUGUUCUCCGGUUCCAAAGACAACCAAACUUCUGCGGAUGCUACUGAAAAUGGUCAAGCUACUGGUGCCAUGUCUUAUGCGUUUGUCAAAGUUUUGACUUUACAACCGCAGCAGUCGUAUCUGUCUCUCUUGCAAAAUAUGAGACAAGAGUUAAUAUCCAAAUACUCACAGAAACCACAAUUGUCAUCAUCUCAUCCAAUUGAUGUCAAUUUACAAUUCAUCAUGUAA